AUGGCUGGAAUACUCCCUCGUGAACUCAUACUGGAAAUUCUGUCAUGGCUUCCUGUGACGAGUCUCAUCAGAUUCAGGUGCGUUUCAAAGACAUGGAAAUUUCUUAUAUCUGAUCCUUAUUUGGUGAAAUUGCACCUUGAGAGGUCUUCCAGAACCCCACAAAUCCUCUUACUGGAGAGACAGAGAUACAAGAGUCAAUGUUUCUUGGCUGGUUUAGACUCUUUACCUUGUUUAAUCCAAAACCCUGCACCCUCUUCUUGUGGUCGUAUCUUACCAUGUCCCGAACCCUAUAAAUAUUAUUUAUUCGGUUCUUGCAAUGGUUUGCUUUCUCUACAUGACUCUCUUUUCACAAAUCAGUAUGAAGAGCACUGGGUCUGCUUUUGGAACCCUGCCACAAAACAUUGCUCCAGACCUUCACCAAGAUUGCGUCUCAAAUACGGCGGCAUUGGUUUUCACUAUGAUGUGAAUUUUGGGUUUGGGUACGAUGAUAAGAGGAAUAGUUACAAGGUGGUGGCAAUGCUUUUGGAUUGGAAUAGACAUCAAAUGAGUGUGUGGGUUUACUCUAUGGGUGACGUACGUUGGAGACGUUCUUUAAUGACCUCUCUGACUUUUCUCAAUAUUGACAGUAAUGGAUACUUUCUGAAUGGCACUAUUAACUGGAUAGGACUUUCUUCGGGAGAAGCGAAGUGUUUGUCGUAUGAUCUAAAUAACGAUACUUGCAGAUGUUUUUCGGUGCCUGAAUUCAUUCCUGAAAAUUCUGGUUUUCCUUCUAUGGGAGUUUUGAAUGAUUGUCUCUGUGUUUGUUUAGAUAUAGAGAGGACAGUCUUUGUUGUAUUAGCAUUGAAGGACGUUCGAGACGAAAAAUCAUGGAGUCGGUUGGUUUGUGUAAGUUAUCAAACCCUAAUUAUGUCUCCUUAUUACUAUAAGCUGCGGAUUUUGUGCAUGUGGGGUGAUCUGUUGUUGCUCGCAUAUUCAAAUUGGGAUGCUAACAAUAUCAUCAUUACCUUUAAUUUGAAGGAAAAUAAAAUAGAACGUACUCGAACUUACUACAAGAAGUUUCCAAAUCGCAUCUUCUCGUGUAAUUAUGUUCCAAGCUUGAUUUUGCUUACUUGA